GUGGAGUCGGUCCGUUGGAGGCGGAGUGUUGGCGAGAUUCUGUCGAAAAGAUGAGUUCCGGUGCCGGGAAUUUCCUCAAAGUCGUCUUCAAGAAUUUCGACGUUCUUGCUGGGCCUGUUGUUGGAUUGGUUUAUCCUCUAUACGCGUCAGUGAGGGCCAUAGAAUCGAAGUCUCCUGGGGAUGACAAGCAAUGGCUCACGUAUUGGGUUCUGUAUUCGCUGAUCACUUUGUUCGAGCUCACGUUCUACAAGGUCAUCGAAUGGAUUCCUAUAUGGCCGUAUGCCAAACUGAUCUUAACAUGCUGGUUGGUCAUACCGUGCUUCAGUGGCGCCGCUUAUGUCUACGAGCACUUUGUGAGGCCUCUGUUUGUCAACUCGCAGGCCGUCAAUGUCUGGUAUGUGCCCGGUAAGAAAGAUGAUGACUUUCCGCUUCCUGCUGGGAAAUCGGAUAUUAAUCAAGAGCCUUUCGAGAAGCGUGUUCGCUGGGCGGAUACUUCGGCGAAAAAUGUCGGUUACUCGGUUUUCGAUGAGGAUUACCGCUACUACUAAAGGGUGUGAUACGCCGAAGCAGGCUUCUGAUCAUACGAGUUAUGUUAUGUCUCACUGCAUAUGUUGUUCUUCCUUGUUCAUGUUUUGUUUUUUACUAGAGUCGAGAAGUUUACACCUUUUGCUAUGUGUGUGUAUAUACACAUACAUAUAUGUAUAUAGAUCUUAUAUAUGGAUGAGAUGGUCCAUCACUUGGAAUGAA